GUUCGCUCCUUGCAAAGUUAAAAACAGACUUUGUUUAUCUUGCAGGUUGUUUGCUGAAAUGCUCACCGACUAGUUAGGCCGUUUCCCCCCAGUUUAGCUUUAAUUCUCGGUCUCCUCUUCUCUUUUCAGCCUCCAACUCUUUAAUUUCACUCCGACUCAUCUGCGUUUUUUGUCUUGUUGUGGUUCAGUGUGUUAUUUUUUGUUCUCUUUAGCUUAGACGGUGCAGGACGCAAAGAAAGGGGGUCACAAGGCUCCGGUUUCUACCCCACGUUUGUGCCAUUUAUUAACAAAUUUGUGUGCAAUAAAAAGUAUUGUUUUGCACCCGAUUAUCGUGCGGGUUUUUUUGGAGGUUUGCUGCAGCUGAAAAGGAGGAGAACAACGUGCGGAUUUAACCCGAGCACCACCAUGGCGACCGAUGUGGAGACGUGGUCCAGCUCUCAGAAAGCCGACGGGAUGUCCUCUUACAACGACAACCUGGCAGAGGCUAACCGUUCCUACAGCGAUUGCGAAGAUGUCCUCAAUGAGGCGGAGGUCAACAGUAACUGGACGCCCCAGGAGAAAGCACUCCAUGAGGCACGACUCAAAGCCAAAGCCAAGCGUCGCCUGCGCAAGUCCUCAUCCCGUAACUCCACCAGCGAAUCCUUUUCUGAGUCAGGAGACUUGGCAGGAGCUGAUCCGAACAGUCCAAAGGGCAAAGUGAACACCAAUGAUCGCAAAUCCAGGACAGGCAAAGGCAGAGGUCUGCCAAAGAAAGGUGGUGCAGGUGGUAAAGGAGUGUGGGGGGCUGCAGGGAUGGUUUAUGAAGAUGAGGAACCCGACGUACGAGACCCCAACUAUGAUGAAUCUGCACAGGGGGACACAGUUUAUGCUAAAGUUGUGCCAGAGAUAGAUGAGAGGGAACUGGAAAAAAUGGUCAACCCAAUUGUACAGGAGUACUUUGAACAUGGAGACACAAAAGAGGUCCAGCUGUUGCUGAAGGAGCUCAACCUCGGCCACAAUAAGUACGAGUUCUCGUCCAUGGCCGUGUCCCUGUCUCUGGAAGGCAAAGCCAGCCACAGAGAGCUGACUUCCCGCCUGCUAUCUGACCUGUCGGGCAAACUGUUAUCACAAAAUGACAUGGGCCGCGCCUUCGACAAGAUGCUCAAAGAGCUGCCAGAUCUCAUACUGGACACUCCAGAGGCCCCACAGAUGUUAGGCCAGUUUAUUGCCAGAGCCAUUGCAGACCAUGUUCUCCCCAUGUCUUUCCUGGACUGUUACAAGGGCAAAGUGGACUGUGACCACGCCAGAGUGGCUUUAGAUCGAGCUGCAGUGCUCCUGUCCAUGAAGAGGGAGAUGGUUCGUCUCGACAAUGUGUGGGGCGUGGGUGGAGGCCUUAGACCUGUCAAACAUCUCAUCAAAGAGAUGAACCUUCUACUAAAGGAGUACCUGAUAUCGGGAGAUGUGUCAGAGGCAGAGCGCUGUCUGCGGGAUCUGGAAGUCCCUCACUUCCACCAUGAGCUGGUCUAUGAGGCUGUAGUUAUGGUGCUGGAGGCGAAGGGGGACAAAGCCAGUCAUAUGAUGAUGAAGCUGCUGCAGUCCUUCUGGAAAACUGGCCUCAUCACUGUGGAUCAGAUGAACAGGGGCUUUCAGAGAGUGUACGAUGAACUCCCUGAAAUCAGCCUGGACGUGCCACAUGCCCACUCUAUCAUGGAGACGUUUGUGGACCUGUGCUACCAGGAGUCAGUCAUCACCAAACAGCUGAGGGAUGUCUGUCCUUCCAGAGGACGUAAGCGGUUUGUCAGUGAAGGAGAUGGAGGAGUGAUCAAAAGCUAACUCAAAUGAUGAAGAGCAGAAAGAGGAGCAGGAGGAGGAGAAUGAUGAGGAUGGGUGUCUCCAUGUUCUCUCGCCCCGUUUCCACUCCAACAUGGCUCUCUGAAACCAGGCUUGCUGUGGUCUGAAGUUUCCUUGCUCCUCUCCUGAUUAUGUUGUCAUUACACAAACCAGCGUUGACGUUCGAUGGAAGUAGACUGACCAGUGGCCCGGGCGUCGAGUUCCCUUCAUCCUGUUAAUCAAUGUUUUUGACAUUUUUUGUAACAAAAUUCUUUAUUUGGGGGUUAAUGCACCUCUUUUGCCUGAGUCUUUGUACCUGUUUGUCAAGAUUCAUUCAUGUCAGGGCUACAGAAGAAAGACCGGUAGACAGCUUGGGUUGUGUUUGAGGAAUAUUAGGGUCUUAUGCUUUGGUUCAACUGUUUUCUUUUCUUUCUUUUUUUUUUUUGUUGUAUUGCGCUACAAAUGAAAAGUCAGUUAAAAGACAGAACAUACAUAGUUAUUUAGCGUACAGCAAAGAUCUAAACCUUUUUAUUUUUAAUGAUUUCAAGAUCAUCUGCUUUGUAAGUGGUUCUAUCAAUCCUUUAUGAAUGGUGUAUUUUUGUUUUCAUUUUCUUUGCAUCAUGGGCUAUGAGGCUGAUGUUAACUUUUGUAAAGCACAGUAGUCAAAGCAAGAGGGAUUUGGGCACUGAUUGGGUAUUUCAUUAGCACUUGGGGCAUGUAUAUUUGGGAAAAUUAAUACUCAAACAAUAAUUGGAGUUUAUUGUUUGUGUAUAAAAAAAAAAAAGAAAAAAUAAGCAGCCUCUUCUGCUUCUUUACUCACAGUUUCUUGUUCUGCAGCUACAUUCUAGAUUGAUAGCCUUAAAGUACAAAACCAAACACUGCUGGUAAAGGUAAGCUGAAAAGUGUCUUGAAAUGAGCGAUCUUUUUAAUGUGUCUGCAAAAUGGCAAGCCCAGUUUUUUUUCUUGAAAGACUGUUAAUCACAUUCAGAUUUAUCUGCCACUGUCUGUAACAGUUUUACAUGUUGACCAAAGUUGGAAAAAUAUGGACAAGAAAUAUAUUUCUCAUCUAAAAUGGCAUCACAAUGACGUUCCUGCUUUUUCCUUUUAUUAUUUGUAUUUAUUUUCUUUUCUAUGCUGUGCUAUUAGUAUAAAGGAACCAGGACUAAGUGACUGGGCUAAAUCCUAGAUACACAAGAGUGAAAAGUCUGGACACAUCUCUGUUUAGAAUUAAACUGAAGACACCAAAGCUAUGAAAUGAUGUACCAAGAACCAAAAUAUGUUUAUUUAGUUAACUUAUUUACCACCAUUUGCCUUGAUAAUGUUUUGCACACUAUUCUCAACAGUUUAAUGAAGUAGAAACCUGGACUGGUAGAUUAUUUUCUCUUAAUGCGUCAGAGUAAGUCAGUAUUGUUUUGCCAAAGUCGUGUUUAGCAUUAUCUAUUCAUCUAUAUCACGGCAAGAAGAGUUGAGCAAAAUAAAGGGAUAUGACAGCCCAUCAUGAGUAAUGGAAGAGCUUUGAAUGUCUUUUCAAGUGCAGACAUAAAGCCACCAAACAUGAUGAAAAUGGAUCUUGCGGGUACCGUCCUCUUCUGUAGAGGAUGAGAUCAUUAGACGUAGAAGCCUCAGAUUAAGAGCUCACAUCACUGCUGCUCAGAGUGCAAGCAGCAGACACUUCUCAACUGGAAUGAGUCAGACUUUCAGGGUCAAAUUACUGCUGAUGCACCUUGUACGAAGAAGGAGAGAAUUAGGCUAAAAAAAAAUAUAGUAUGAACAAUCAUGCCAGUGGAAAUCUGAACUUUGGUCAGAAAAAAAGAGUCUAAAAGCAAAGACGGUGACCAGAUGGUAUCUGCAUGUGUGGCUCCCACCGUGAAGCAUGGAGGAGGAGGAGGUGUGAUGGCGUGGGGGUGCGUUACUGCUAAUACUGUUAAAGAUUUAUUCAGAAUUCCAGGCAUGUUUAACAAGCAAAGCGACCACAAACGCUCUACAUCUACACGCCAUCCCAUCUGGUUUGUGUCAUUUGCUUAUCAACAGGACAAUGACCCAUAAACACACCCCUCCAGACAUUUUAAGGGCAGUUUGACCAGUAAGGUCUGUGUCAGAUGACCUGGCCUCCACGGUCACUCAACCUGAAUCCAGCUGAGGACAGUCGGAUUGAAUGAAAGAAGUGCAGCCAACAAAUUCUCAGUGUGUGGGAAUUCCAUGGAAAGAACAUUCCAGGUGACAAGUGUCCAAGAAUGUGCAAAACUUAUUAAAGCAAGAGAGAAUCUACAAUACAAAACACAUUAUGCUAAU